UGGAUUGUCUGGCUCGACAGCGGGCAUCGGGUUACCAGGUAUGACAGCGGGCACUGGGUCACCAGGCAUCAGGUCGUUUGGCUCGCCAGCGGGCACCACGUCAUCUGGCAAGGCAGUGGGCACCGAGUCACCAGGCACGACAGUGGGCUCCGAGUCAACUGGCAUGACCGCGGGCACUGGGUCAGACAUUGGAUCAUCUGGCUCGACAGCGGACAUCGGGUCACCAGGCAUCAGGUCAUUUGGCUCGACAGCGGGCGCCGCGUCAUCUGGCAAGGCAGUGGGCACCGAGUCACCAGGCACGACAGUGGGCACCGGGUCAUCAGGUACCGGAUCGUCUGGAUCGACAGCGGGC